CGUUGUUUUAUUACAAUAACACGCACGCAUCCAUCAUCCUCUGUGGAAGCUGAAGUGAAACCACGCAGUAUAGUUGAUAACCCACAGAAUUGAGAAUUGAAGUAAAUGGAGAACCUAAUAUCUUUGGUGAACAAAAUACAGAGAGCAUGCACCGCUUUAGGUGACUACGGCGAAGCUACUGCCCUCCCUACUCUCUGGGACUCUCUUCCCGCCAUCGCGGUCGUCGGUGGCCAGAGCUCCGGGAAGUCCUCUGUCUUAGAGAGCAUUGUUGGCAAGGAUUUCUUACCCAGAGGAUCCGGGAUCGUUACUCGGCGACCGCUUGUGUUGCAGCUGCACAAAGGUGAAGAGGGAAGCAAAGAGUACGCUGAGUUUCUUCAUCUUCCCAGGAAGAGGUUCACUGAUUUCGCUGCUGUGAGGAAGGAGAUUCAAGAUGAAACUGAUAGGGAGACUGGAAAAACUAAACAGAUUUCAAGCGUACCAAUUCAUCUUAGUAUAUAUUCUCCCUUUGUUGUUAACUUGACACUCAUCGAUCUUCCUGGCCUUACAAAGGUAGCUGUAGAGGGUCAACCAGAUAGUAUUGUGCAAGACAUUGAGAAUAUGGUUCGCUCUUACAUCGAGAAGCCAAACUGUAUAAUUUUGGCUAUUUCACCAGCCAAUCAAGAUCUUGCAACAUCCGAUGCAAUCAAAAUUUCCCGUGAAGUGGAUCCCACUGGAGAAAGGACAUUUGGUGUGUUGACCAAGAUUGAUCUUAUGGAUAAGGGUACUGAUGCUGUUGAGAUGCUGGAGGGGAGAGCUUUUAGGUUGAAGUAUCCCUGGAUUGGUGUUGUCAACAGAUCACAAGCAGAUAUUAACAAGAAUGUUGACAUGAUUGCUUCCAGGCGUAGAGAACGUGAAUACUUUUCUAGUACCCCUGAAUACAAACAUCUUGCUCACAGAAUGGGUUCCGAGUAUCUUGCAAAAGUGCUUUCAAAGCAUUUGGAAGCAGUGAUCAAGUCCAAAAUUCCAGGCAUUCAAUCUCUUAUUAGUAAAACCAUUGCUGAACUUGAAGCUGAAUUGAGCCGUUUGGGAAAGCCUAUUGCAGCUGAUGACGGGGGAAAGUUGUAUGCAAUCAUGGAAAUAUGCCGCUCAUUUGAUCAAAUAUUUAAAGAGCAUCUUGAUGGCGUGCGGCCUGGAGGGGAUAGAAUUUACAAUGUCUUUGACAAUCAGCUCCCUGCUGCUUUAAAAAGGUUGCAGUUUGAUAAGCAGCUAUCAAUGGAAAAUAUAAAGAAACUCAUUACGGAAGCUGAUGGAUAUCAACCUCAUCUAAUAGCUCCAGAACAAGGAUACCGUCGCCUCAUUGAAUCUUCUUUAAUUACUAUCAAGGGACCAGCUGAGGCAGCUGUAGACGCGGUUCAUUCCCUUUUAAAAGACCUUGUUCACAAAUCUAUUAGUGAGACUCUGGACUUGAAGCAAUAUCCUAGUCUUCGCGCUGAGGUGGGGAAUGCAGCUAUUGAUUCCCUAGAAAAAAUGAGGGAUGAAAGCAAGAAAGCAACACUACAGCUCGUUGAUAUGGAGUGUGGCUAUUUGACUGUUGAUUUCUUUCGAAAGCUUCCUCAAGAUAUUGAUAAGGGUGGCAAUCCUACACACUCAAUCUUUGAUAGAUAUAAUGAUUCAUACCUGAGGCGAAUCGGGAGCAAUGUUUUGUCCUACGUUGGUAUGGUUUGUGCGACUCUACGGCAUUUGAUUCCCAAGUCAAUUGUCCAUUGUCAAGUGCGAGAAGCCAAACGAAGCCUACUUGAUCACUUCUUCACCGAGCUAGGCAAGAUUGAGCCUAAGCGUCUGUCUUCAUUGCUGAAUGAGGAUCCUGCAGUCAUGGAAAGAAGAAGUGCCCUCAGAAAGAGGCUUGAGUUAUACCGAAGUGCACAAGCGGAAAUUGAUUCAGUUGCUUGGUCCAAGUAGAUGUCAGAUGUGUAUGGAUGUGUAUAUAAUAUGUAUAUGUAUAUGUUCGAGUAUAAUACUUCUUCAAGUUUGUUCUUGACUCUUUCAGACAUCUCUUUUACUUGUUCUUUUGGGCUUCGAGUUGUCCUUAAAAUUUCCUAUGAAUUGUAUUGUGACUUUAUAUUUCAUCAAUGCAAGUGGUUUAACAUUC